CCUAGAGGGUGGCCAAUGCGUGCACCUAACCGACGAGUACGUAGCAGAAGUUUUCGAGAUUGUGUUGGGAAAUUUCAUCUUUUUCCAGGUACCAAAAGUUUGAUACAAGAAAAUAGUCUUUCCCACCUCGAGACGACUUCAUCCUUUGUUGUUGCUGGACCUGGAAUAUCUCGAGGUCAGGCACUGACGCCAUCGACACCAUAACCCAAACAACGAAGACAAGCCUCCAGCUCUCGAGCUCCCACAGAACAGCUCAACGGCGAAGAGCCACAAGCAGAAACCCAUCAUCACCUUCACAAUGGCAACCCGCGCCCUCCCCCGCGCCCUCCGGGCAAGCACGAGCAUCCUCUCCGCCUCCCGCCCAACCAUCCUCCCCUCUAGAGUUGUUAUCCAAAGAGCAGCUUUCCACAUCAGCGCAACCCGCCUCCAAAAGAAGAAGAAGAACACCACUACCGCCCCUCCCCCGGAAGCGGGAGCCUUCGCCCGGACCGACGACUCCAUAACCGUCGAAUACCCCGAUGAUUCCUCACAGCUUCCCUCUUCGCGGCCAGUGGACAGCGGCAUCGGUCGAGCGGGGCAGAAUGUCUUCCCGACGCUUGCGACGUUUUCCCUCCAAGGGAAGGUGGGCGUGGUGACGGGUGGAGCGAGAGGGUUGGGGUUGGUGAUGGGGCAGGGGAUUGUGGUUAGUGGUGGGGAUUUGGCUAUUGUUGAUUUGAAUAAAGAAGAAGCAACCAAACAAGCCGAAAACAUCGUCGAGACCUUCAAGAAGGACUAUCCUUCCGCCAAGAAAAUCCCCAAAGUAACAGCCCACUACGCCGACGUCGCCGACCCCACCUCCGUCGACGCCUGCAUCGCCGAGAUCAUCUCUGAGCACGGCAAGAUCGACAACCUGGUCACCUCGGCCGGCUUUACCGAGAACUUUGAGGCGACCGCCUACCCAAUAGACAGGGUGCGCAAGCUCUGGGGCGUCAACGUUGACGGAACUUACUUAUUCGCAACAGCAGUAGCCAGGCACUUGAUGGACCGCUCCUCCCCCGGCUCUCUAGUCUUCAUAGGCUCCAUGUCCGGCUCCAUCGUCAACGUCCCGCAACCCCAGACUCCCUACAACGCGUCCAAAGCGGCCGUCCGCCAUCUGGCCGCCUCUUUCGCGGUAGAAUGGGCCAAAGCGGGGAUCCGCGUCAACUGCAUUUCCCCCGGUUACAUGCUCACUGCUCUGACGAAAAAGAUUCUGGAUGAGAACCCGGACUUGAAGGAGAAGUGGACUUCGCUGAUCCCGCAGGGCCAGAUGGGGAACCCUGAGGAUCUCAUGGGUCCUGUGACGUUCUUGUUGUCGGAUGCUAGUCGGUAUGUGACGGGGGCGGAUUUGAGGGUUGAUGGGGGGUAUACUUGUACUUGAGUUGGAAGUGGGGAGUGGAGAUGGG